AUGGCUUCCCCUAGCGUUCUCACCUUUGACGCUGAGGGUCGGGCAGUGGACUUUGAGGUCUGGGUAGAUGAUCUGCAGCUUUUCCUGCAGGGCGAUAGGGCAGACGGCCUCUCCCUGUUUGACCUCACUUCUGGUGCCUCUCCCGCCCCUGCUGCUGAUGCUCACGCCACUGUUUGCUCACAGUGGGCCACCAAUGACGCUGCUGCUCGCCUUGCUGUGCGCCGCCACUUGCCGACCACAGAGCGUGCACACUUUAGCCAGUACAAGAGUGCUCACACCUUGUACGACGCUUUCGUUGCACGCUACUCUUCCCCUGCUACUGCUGCACUGAGCCGCCUCAUGCUACCGUACCUCUUCCCUAACCUUGCUGCCUUUCCCACAGUCGCUGGCCUUAUAACGCACCUCCGCACUAGUGACACUCGCUACCGCGCUGCGCUUCCUGCUGAGUUCUGCGCCAAGAACCCCACCCCCCAUCGGGUGACCCCGUUGGUUUUGAGUCGGUCGGCGCUGCGUCUGCCCCGAGCGGGAGACGCCGCACCGGCAAGGGCAAGGGGGGCAAGGGCACUGGAGGAGCUCGAGGGGGCGGUGGAGGUGGUGGUGGAGGUGGUGGAGGGAGUGGGAGUGGUGGUGAGAGUGGUGCCAGGGGUGGCGGCGGCAGCAGUGGAGGCGGCGGAGGCAGUGGAGGUGGCGGAGGGAGCGGAGGCGGCGGAGGUGGUGGAGGAGGCGGAGGUGGAGGAGGCGGCGGAGGCGGCAGAGGCAGCGGCGGGGAAGGCGGCGGCGGCGGACGCGGCGGCGGCGGAGGCGGCGGCGGCGGACGCGGCGGCAGCGGAGGUGGCGGCGGCGGAGCGGCGGUGGUGGAGCGAGUCACGACUCUGCGCAAAGGAGUGGCGCCGGUGGUGGUCAGCGCCACCAGCAGCAGCGGAGUGGUGUGACCCUGUCCCCUCAGCAGCUUCGAGACUGUGCGGAGGCCCGCACUCCACCCGGCGCCGCUUUGGUCGCCUCACAGACGCGUGGCGUCGCCAGUUCCCUAAGGUGUCAGAGAUCCCUCGCUGGGGAGAUCUGGCUAAGGCCGGGGUUGCUAUCUUUGAUCUUGACUUUGAUGCUAUUCUUGCUGCCAUGUAUGCAGUUGCUGAUAGUGUUGAGGGUGCCUGUUACCUGUGUGUACCGCCUGACCCGGGCAUGAAGGCUGCUGCGCUAGGUCUUGGUGAGGCUGCUGCUCUAGGUGCUAGUGCCUCUACAGCCCCAGGUGCCAAUGCGUCUACCGCCCCAGGUGCUGUUGAGUCUGCUCUCUCAAGUACUACGUCGGCUCAGGCCUUCCACACCUUCACCCUGGACUCGGGUGCGUCCCGCUCCUUCUUUCGAGACCGCACCACUCUUACGCCGCUUAGUCGGCCGGUUGCACUCUCCCUUGCAGACCCCUCUGGGGGUCCUGUCCUUGCUAGCUUCUCCACUGUCCUUCCGUGCCCUGCAGCCCUCUCUGGCACCCUGUCUGGUCUCUACCUCCCCUCGUUCUCUACAAACUUGGUGAGUGGAGCAGACCUACACGAUCAAGGGGUUGACCAGUUCACUCCUCCGAGUCAGCGAGUGACCCACUGCACGUGUGCUCGGACAGGCCAACACUUGGCCUCGUUCACCCGUAGGCCAGGGUCGAGCCUGUACACCCUUACUACUGAGUCUCCUCCUACUUCUGAGUCUGCCCAGGUAGCUGCGUCGAGUCAGGUGUUUGCUGCGGCAUCCAGGUCUGGUCCUGAGUCUGCCCCCUGCUCGUGUCGUCUGGUGUCCCACCAGACUCUCCUUUGGCACCACCGCCUUGGUCACCCCUCCUUGCCUCGUCUCCGAGGCAUGGCCUCCCGUGUCCUUGUCUCUGGUCCUCCUCGGUCUCUCCCUCCCCUUCCUCCGGGGCCUGGCCCUACCUGCGUCCCCUGCGUCGAGGGGCGACAGCGCGCCGCCCCUCACUCCUCCGAGUUUCCUUUGACAGAGGCUAUGCUGCAGACUCUACACAUGGACAUGUGGGGCCCAGCCCGCGUCAGUGGGCAGGGGAGAGAGCGGUACUUUCUGCUGGUCGUUGACGACUACUCGCGUUACACCACAGUCUUCUACUUGCGCAGCAAGGGUGACGUCACAGAGGUGUUGAUUGACUGGAUUCGCGCAGCUCGUCUUCAGCUCAGAGAGAGUUUCGGCUCGGACUUUCCUGUUCUGUGUCUACACUUGGACACGGGCGAGGAGUUUUCCUCUGCCCGUCUAGGAGCCUUCUAUCGUGCAGAGGGCAUCGGCCAGACCUUCACGCUUCCGGCCUCUCCACAGCAAAAUGGGAUUGCUGAGCGCCGCAUGGGCAUGGUCAUGGACGUCGCUCAUACGUCCAUGAUGCAUGCGGCUGCCCCCCAUUUUCUGUGGCCGUUUGCAGAUCAGUACGCCGCGCAUCAGCUCAACCUUCAGCCCCGGGUCUCCUUGCAAGAGACCUCCCCCGCCUUACGAUGGACAAGGAAGGUUGGCGAUGCGUCUGCGUUUCGGGUCUGGGGAUCUCAGACGUUUGUCCACGACUUGUCUGCGGACAAGCUGUCCCCCCGUGCUGUUCCUUGCGUCUUCCUUGGCUUCCCCCCCCCGACGCGCAUGGCUGGCAGUUUUACCACCCCACCUCGCGCCGUGUUCUGUCCUCCCAGGACGUCACCUUUGACGAGUCAGUGCCUUACUACCGUCUCUUCCCUACCGCACUGUGCCCCUCCCCCCGACGCCGCUCUUCCUUGCGCCAGGUGCUACCCAGGUAGACCCCCUCCCCCCUCAGGGUCCUGCCCCGUCAGUCUGGGGAUGCGGAGCCUGGGGGUGCUGGGUUUGCUCGUGUGGCCACCGGCGGUGCUUCGUCGAGGCGGGAGCCGCUCUCUCCACAGAAGCUGCGCGAGUGGUUCGCCCGCCGCUGGAGACAUGCUGCAAAGUCUGGGGGUGCUGCUUGAGCUACUGGAGCUGCUGUCGGUGCUGGUGGUGCUGGAGAUGGACCUGCUCGGGGUGUUGGCGCUGGUGUUUCUACUGGUGCUGGUGCGACUGAGGGUGCUGCUAAGGCUGCUGGUGCUGGCGUUUCUACUGGAUUUGGAGCUGCUGGGGGUGUUGGCGCUGGCGGUGCUGCUGGCACAGGUGCUUCUGAGGGUACUGGAGUUGGAGCUGUUGGAGCUGGAGGUUCUGUUGGCGCUGCUGCUGCCACUGGGGUAA